AUGACACAGUGCCUCGUUUUCGUUCCCAAGGUGAUUAUUCGCUCACAACUAUGAGUCAUGCUAUUAGCAUUUUUGGGCAAAAUAUUUGCUGAGAUUUAGUGUCAGUCUUUGUGGGCAAAAUAGUUGCUGAGAUUUAGUGCCAAUGUUUAUAAAGACGGAAAAAAUAUUUUUUAAACAACGGAUGCAGAAAUAUUUGAGUGCUCAUGAUGGUUUAGAAGUGAAAAGUCUAUCAAUGAAAGUUCUCACCAUCAUGAUAUGACAAUAAAAUCAGUUUAAUGUAUCCAUGAUCAUUUGUUAAGCUUGCAAUUACUCCAAUACAUUUUAAUAAUUUAAAGAUUGGUGCUACUAUAAAGUAUCGUUAAAUCGACAUGACAGACUGAAGGGACGUGAAAUCUUCAAGUUGGUUUCGGUACGUUGACUGUUUACAUGGUUGAGCUUAUCUGAGCUAGUGGCACUAGUAGCCGUAUAAAGCUUAUGUUGUUACCAUCUCCUUAUUAAGUACCAACAUUUUGGUGUUACCAUCUCCUUAUUAAGUGCCAAAAUUUUGGUGUUACCAUCUCCUUAUUAAGUACCAACAUUUUGGUGUUACCAUCUCAUUAUUAAGUACCAAAAUUUUGGUGUUACCAUCUCCUUAUUAAGUACCAACAUUUUGGUGUUGCCAUCUCCUUAUUAAGUACCAACAUUUUGGUGUUACCAUCUCCUUAUUAAGUACCAACAUUUUGGUGUUACCAUCUCCUUAUUAAGUACCAAUAUUUUGGUGUUAACAUCUCCUUAUUAAAUACCAACAUUUUGGUGUUACCAUCUCCUUAUUAAGUACCAACAUUUUGGUGUUACCAUCUCCUUAUUAAGUACCAACAUUUUGGUGUUAACAUCUCCUUAUUAAGUACCAACAUUUUGGUGUUACCAUCUCCUUAUUAAGUACCAACGUUUUGGUGUUAUCAGAUGAUGAGGUCGACGUUUCUUUUCAAUAUUUUUUAACAGAUCAUUGCCUACAGAAAUCACAACCUUUACCCAACUCUCGACGUCAAACUUAACGUCAAAAGGAUCAACAAAACCGACAACAUCUUUGUCGUGGAGCAGGGGCCGGCUGCCAAGCGAGUCAGUGACGCCAGCACAUCUUGUGGGACGUCCCAGCAGACGGAAGCCCCCGAUCUGUCCCGGCUAAGCUCAAGCUGCAAUAUCCGUCACGCGCACGAAGAAGUCUCCCGAAACAAAGUCAAGCCGUGCGGUCGCUGGAGCAGCCAAAACGAUCAGUGCCACUCGAGAGAUCUGAGAGGAGACAACACAUUGUCUGAGCACGACCUACAGUUUGUGCAAGUUGGUGAAGAGAACGGGGUGUUCGGCACUCAUCUCUUCCCAAGGUCAAAGUCAGAUUCAUACAUCCUUGAGUGUUAUAAACACGGGCCACCGGGUGACCUCUCGGCAUCUUCUAUGGCGGACCAGUUCUGGGAGC